AUUUCUUUGCCACCAGUUCGUGUUGAACUGGGCAUAUUUCAUUGUACGCUGUGUACAAGUGGUAAUUGCCUUCGUGUCCCCCUCGACAAACUUCCUUCACCAGUAUAUGCUGUGGUGGAAAAACUCCCUAAGUUAUUAGAACUUAAAAUAACGAGUACAGUUGCCCUUUCAUUAUGUGUCAUUGGCUUUUUACUUCUUAUGUUAAACUGUGGAUCAUCAUCGAAGGUUAAAGCCGGUGGAAUUGUUAUACUUUUGGCUACUUUAUCUGAAUCCUUCUUGAUUAUACGAAUGGUCGUUGCAACGGUUCAAGUGGCAUUGGACACUGUGGAAUCUACACUCAGUCUUUUGAACCUUAAAAUCAUAGAGAUUGAAGUUCAAACACCCUUAUCUAUCAUUCUGUCUGGUAUCGGUCUGGUGUUUGUCAUACUGGGCAUGGUUUGCAGUCGUAUUUUAUACUCAAAACUACGAGAACCGUCCACAGAUGGUCGAAAGAUUGAUGUUGUUUCUUCUAUUCCUACUGUCAAUCUUACUAUCCAAGAAGGACGUUUUUAAUUUUAUGUAAUCAGUUUCUUUUGGUUGUAUUGUGUACAAGAUGGUCUAUGGGGUGUCUGUAAUUGUUACUUGGUAUGUCAAUGUUUAAAGUAUAAACCUUUUCCUCAGAAAAUUUCCUACGAAUACGAAAUAAUUUUUUUUA